UUUUUUAUGUCUAGCCAUGUUCGUCGGUAUCUUUCUAUAUAUACCACUAAUGCCGGAUUUGAGAUUGAUCGAACAGAUAGAUAUUUGAAAUUUAAAAAAGCCGAGGCUCGGAUUGUUGCCACACGGGAGUGGAAAACAGGAGAUGAGAUAUACUUAUGCUCUGGUAUUUUCACAAAACUAAACUCUGAAGAAGAGCGUAGCCUUGCCCAGCGCGAUUUCAGUGUCAUGUUUUCUACUAAACGACACUGCAUGGGAUUAUUUCUUGGGCCUGCCCGAUUUGCCAAUCAUGACUGUUGUGCAAACUGUAAAUUUAAUCCUGUUGGCCGGACUAAUGCUAUAUAUUUUAAAGUGACUCGAGACAUUAACAUUGGCGAAGAAAUCACAUGCUACUACAGUGAUAACUAUUUUGGUCAAGGAAAUUGUGAAUGUCUAUGCGAAUCGUGUGAGAGGUAG